UUGCUGCAGCGACGGUAGGCGGCUGGAGAUGGAGCGAGAGAGAGCGAGAAGGGGGGGAAGGGAGAGUCACCGUCACCAAUGAGAUGCUAAUUCAUGCAAAUGUAUGCUAAUUGAGGCAGCCGCUGGCCCCGCCCCCUCCCUCCUCAGCUCCUCCUCCCCCCCGCCCCCUCCACCUCCUCCUCUUGGACUUCUCUCCUGGCCUCUGAAACCCCUUGACCGCAUUGGUGACCAUCCCUCCCCGGGAGCCCACCAGCGGCGCCAUGAGUGGCGGCCGGGACCCAGACAGCUUCCCACUCCACCGCCUCGUCUGGCACAACCACUACCGGGAGCUGGAGACCGUGCUGCAGGCCGGGCAGCAUGACAUCAAUCUGGUUGAUCCCCGUGGCCGGACAGCCCUUCACCUCGCCAUAUCCCUCGGGCACUUAGAGUCCGCCAGGGUUCUGCUACGGCACAGGACUGACGUCAGUAAGGAGAAUGGCACUGGCUGGACAGCACUCCAGGAGGCAGUCAGCACCAGCGACCCCGAGCUGGUGCAACUGGUUCUUCAGUUCCGUGACUACCAGCGCGCCACAGAACGUCUCGCCGGCAUCCCUGAGCUCCUGAGCCAGCUCCGCAAGGCCUCUGAUUUUUACGUUGAGAUGAAAUGGGAGUUCACGAGUUGGGUUCCCCUGGUCUCCAAGAUUUGCCCAAGUGACGUUUACCGAGUGUGGAAAAGUGGAGCCAAUUUACGGGUCGACACAACAUUACUGGGUUUCGAGCACAUGACCUGGCAACGAGGGAGACGCUCCUACAUCUUCAAGGGUGAAGAGUUCCCUGACAGUAGUCUGUCUUGUUGA